CCAACUGUCUGGUUUAUUUAUUUAUUACUAUACCUUAUUUCAAUCCAAGUUAGUUCAUUCUUCGAAUCUUGUUCUCCAAGCGAAACUAAAAGAGAAAAAUUUCUCCAGAAUCUGCAUUUGUUUUAUACUUCUAACUUUUCAAUUAUCGCAUGCAAAAGCGGCUUUACUUAGGAAAUCUUGGAAAAUUGAAUCAUUUUUUUUCUAUUACUUUUUUGAAUUUUCGGUUGUGUUUCCCCCUUUAAUCUUUUUUGGCGGUUAAACAAUGAACGUUCGCGUGAAGCAAGAGAUUAUGGAAACGUUAAACGCGGAAAGACGGAAACUAAGCGGCGUUGUGCGGGAACAAUCUGCCUCGGUUAUCGAGCUCAGCAGCAGUAGCAGCGAUUCGGACUCGAGCGAUUCGGACGAUCUGGACGAGAACGAUAACCCAAACGGUGUCGUUUCUGCAGGGGAAGGACCUGAAGGUAGGGCUUCGAAGAAGCGGAAGGUGAAUGAUGUCGAUUUUGUGCUACCGCUGGGGUUUUUGGCUCCUCUACCGCCGGAAGAUCCGGCUCCUAUUCCGUUAGCCUAUGAUACGGCGGCUGCGGAGGUUUCUGCGACGGUGAGCCCGCUGGAACAGGCGGCAAGUGCGAGUUUGAGUCCAAGUUCAAGUGUGCUUUGCAAGCAGUUCUGGAAGGCUGGGGAUUAUGAAGGAGCUCCAUCUAGCGCUUGGGAGUUAUCUACAGGUGGCAUGGAUCAUGUCAGGGUUCAUCCAAAAUUUCUACAUUCCAAUGCAACGAGUCAUAAAUGGGCCCUUGGAGCUUUUGCGGAACUUCUGGACAACUCUUUGGAUGAGGUUUGCAAUGGAGCUACAUAUGUUAAUGUAGAUGUGCUCAAAAGUAAGAAGGAUGGGAGUCAAAUGUUGGUCAUUGAAGAUAAUGGUGGUGGGAUGGAUCCUGAUAAAAUGCGUCAGUGCAUGUCCCUUGGAUAUUCUGUAAAAAGCAAAAUAGCAAACACCAUUGGACAAUAUGGAAAUGGAUUCAAGACUAGUACCAUGAGGCUUGGUGCAGAUGUUAUUGUAUUUUCUCGGUGUUGUGGAAAAAAUGGAAAGCGCCCCACACAGAGCAUUGGACUGUUGUCCUACACGUUUUUGACAAGCACAGGAAAGGAAGACAUUGUGGUACCCAUGCUAGAUUAUGAAUGGAAACAAGAUGAGUGGAGCAAGAUAACACGAUCUACUGUCAGUGAUUGGGAUAGGAAUGCGGAAACUAUAGUACAGUGGUCUCCAUUUUCAAGUGAAGCAGACCUCCUUCGUCAGUUCAAUCUGAUGAAGGACCAUGGCACACGAAUUAUUAUUUAUAAUCUCUGGGAGGAUGACCAAGGGCUAUUGGAGCUUGAUUUUCAUGCCGACCAGCAUGAUAUUCAACUCAGAGGUGUUAACCGUGAUGAGAAAAAUAUACAAAUGGCAAAAGAGUUUCCAAACUCUAGGCACUUUCUGACAUAUAGACAUUCAUUGAGGAGUUAUGCAUCAAUACUUUAUUUGAGACUUCCACCUAACUUCAGAAUCAUUUUACGUGGGAAAGAUGUUGAGCACCACAACAUAGUGAAUGAUAUGAUGCUCACUGAGAUGAUAACAUAUCGACCAAAUCCCAGUGCAGAGGGGGCUCCUAAGGAUUUGAAUCUGGCUGCUUUGGUGACCAUUGGUUUUGUGAAAGAUGCCAAAUAUCACAUUGAUGUUCAAGGUUUCAAUGUUUAUCAUAAAAACCGACUCAUCAAGCCUUUUUGGAGGGUUUGGAAUGCUGCUGGGAGUGAUGGUCGUGGGGUUAUAGGUGUUUUGGAGGCUAAUUUUGUUGAGCCAGCUCAUGAUAAGCAGGGUUUUGAGCGUACAACAGUUCUUUCUAGACUUGAAACACGACUAAAAGAAAUUCAAAAACUUUACUGGACCACCAAUUGUCAUAGAAUUGGCUAUGCUCCACGGCGUAAUAAGAAAGGUAUAGAACAGUCUUUAGGCAAAGAUCCUUCUUCUGAUCAUGAUGCGCAACAAUCUACUCAAUCAAAUAAGAAGAGUACAAGCAGCACCAAGAGACCUACGGACUUGGACAAGUUGUAUUCACCCUCAAAUUGGAAUAAAAAAGGAAAAGAAUGUCAGGAAUUACCUAAAGCAGUGGAUGGUGGAAAUGGGAAUGGUCAUGUGUUUAGCAAGGGUGAAAAUAGGAAAACGGCACGGAUGGAUAGCAGUGCAAAGGUCACCACGAGACCUGGAAAAGGAUUAAGCUCAGUUGAAACAUCUUCUCCUUCUGCAGAGGAUGACAGCGAUGAUGUGUGCGAGGUCUUGCCCAAGAGACAAGCUAAUGGGAGCAGUCAAAAGUUUGUUACACGAUCAAAGUCGAAGGAGCGUGGUCUCAAUGAUGAGCGUUGCCAUUCCCAGACUGAUCUGCAUAUUCUGGAGCAGUUGAAACAGGAAAAUUCUGAAUUAAAAGAAAGAUUAGAGAAAUAUGAGGGAGAGCAUCAACAACAAUUGCAUGAUGAUUUGCAACAGGAAAGAAACCGGUGCCAGUCACUUGAAAUUGAGCUGGCGGAGGCGCUGAAAAAAAUUGAGCAACUGAACAAUGAACAAGAAAGUAUCAUUAGCAUCUUCUCGGAGGAGAGAGAUCGAAGAGACAAAGAGGAAGAGAAGUUAAGAAAAAAGCUAAAGGACGCAUCGAAUACCAUCCAAGAGUUGCUCGACAAAGUUAAGAUACUGGAGAAGAUGAAAACUCCCAACAUCAAGCAGGAGCGUAGAGAGCUACUGUAGAGCACUAUUUUAUCGGCUUUUCCGCUAGCAGGCAACCGAAGUGAUUCGUGAACUAUAUUCUUUUUGUUACUUUGCCCCAUAUUCUCACAUCCCUAACGUAUGAGUAGUGCCAUUGUACAUUGAAAAACGCUUUGAUACUUGAGCUUGGGUUGUCGAGCAAUCCAAAUACACUAUGCAUAUAGUAUUUUCCUUUCUUUUUUUUACUUUUUAAUAGUUAUAGGAGGUUACUGAGUAGUUUGCCAGCUUAUAACUCUUUUUGUUACUGAGGUGGGAAUAUUUUGAUUUUGAUGUUGGAUUGCGGUUAAAUUUUAUUAACUAAAUAUGUUUUAA